UCGCUGGUGUUUCCGCUAACUUUGCGGUGGUAUACUUUUCGUAUCACAGGGAGGAGUCAGCCGUUAGUUUCUUCAUUAAAGUGGUGUGUUUAUUGAUUUAUCACCAACCUUAAAGCAUGUUUUGUCGCCUGUACUCAUAAUGUAGGUCGCGCAUAUCACUGACGUACAGUUAUCGACGAGUUAUCGUGUAUUUCUUUUUGGCAAAAGACCGAAGGAAACGUCAAGGCGGAACAAGAUAAGAAGCAGAUACCAAAAGUGUUCCACAACAAAAACGUCCGCACAGGUUGUUUACGCAACCUCUUGACCGCUUCCAUCUCAACCAUAAAUAAUUCACCAGAGGCAUUCAUCAUAGGCCACCAUGUCUAUGGCCCUGAAGCAAGUUUUCAACAAAGACAGGACAUUCCGGCCCAAGCGCAAGUUCGAGCCGGGCACGCAGCGCUUUGAGCUGCACAAGAAAGCCCAGGCGUCUCUGAACGCAGGCCUGGACCUGAAGCAGGCAGUGCAGCUGCCCCACGGUGAGGACCUCAACGACUGGGUGGCUGUCCACGUGGUGGACUUCUUCAACCGCAUCAACCUCAUCUACGGCACCAUCAGUGACUCGUGCACCGAUCAAACCUGCCCCGUCAUGUCCGGUGGGUCCAAGUAUGAAUACCGCUGGCAAGAUGAGCACAAGUACAAGAGGCCCACCACCCUGUCAGCCCCUAAAUACAUGAGCCUGCUCAUGGAUUGGAUUGAGGUACAAAUCAACAAUGAGAAUAUCUUCCCUACCAACGUUGGUAAGUGAUUGGCUGUUUGCUUCAUUGCAUUGCAGGGCUUGGCGAAAGGUUUUUCGAAUGCAGAAAACUCAGUUUAUAUUUAGGUGAUCCAAGCCACCACCUGUUUAUAGUGAAAUAUCAACGGACAUAUGCUUUAGGUUUGAUCAGAAACUAGUUGAAAGGGCUUCCAAGCUGCAUCUAUUUAUGCUCUUGCAUCACAGCCAAUAUAAUACAGGCAAACCCUAAUGGUUGCAUGAACCACGGUAAUAACUGGGAUUACCAUAAUCUCAGUUUCUAAAAGUCUCUGUGUAAAAAAAGAAAAAAGUAGUAAUAAUAAAUACAAAAAUAAAGCUAAACCACUAAACUUGCCUAUACAUUUCUGGACCCAGAACAGAAAAUAUUCAGGAAGAUUUAUUUUGUUUUAAAGUUCUGCUUAAAAAUGCAGGUUUGCUGACAUUUAUGGAGCAGCAAUUCUUAGGAAAUACUUGAACAUUUCGUUAUACAAUAAACUUUAGCAUUUGAUGCCUGCUUCAAAAUAAAAUGUAUGCAGAUUUUUACACUUUGAAGUAUAAGUUAUACUUUUAAGGUUCUACAGCAUGACAGAACUAAAUAAAAUAAUUUAUGUAUUACCAAAUAAAAACGGCUGAGUAUUCAAAAAUGUCCGAUUUGAUGAGACAGACCUAGAAACAAAUAGAAAUAGGCCUCGGUUAUGUGCAGUUCAUGGGUGCAAAUCUGAAGUGAAAAUAACCCAUUUCUAUCCACAGUUAAAUUUAACAAACCUGGAUGAAAUAAAACAGUUCUUGCCGGCUGCAGAGUUGAUCAGUCAAGCAUGCACCUGAACCUUUUCAUAAACACGUCAGAGGAAAACGUAGCAGACGGAAAAUGUUUAAUUUCAUAGAGCGCGUUCAGCAGCUUAAAAAGCCCGACUGUGGGUUUGUCCUUAUCAUCACCUCAUCAGCGGCCACAGCUCUUCAUGCGCGGCGCUUGUGUUGAUGUGAUUCACCUUGAAACCUUACAGAGAGUCUGAACCUUCACUUGAAGUUCUCCUAUAUUUAAGACCGCUUCCUCCUUUGCAAAUUUACAAAAGGUUCGUUUAAAAUGAAAGUAGACGUUUUAUCCACUAUGCUUGUUUUAAACCUUGCUGAGAUGAAGCCUAAACUGCUGACAGAUGAACAGAUGAAAUCAGCUUUUUUCGUUUUGAGAAAAUGCAAAAGAACAAACUAUGAUGUUGACUAUAAAUUAGUUUGAUUGUUAUAGUUGACGUACCUGAUUACGUUAAAUAAUCUUGUCAGGCCUUGAUAGAUGAUUUAUUCAAUUAUUAGCUUUUUAUAGCAAAGAUAUAAUUUCCAAAGCUUAAAACGGCACGUGCAUCAGAAACAAUAUGGCAGGAACAAUAAAAUAAACAUGAGUUAGAAUAAUGUGAUUUAAACACAGUGUCUGAGACAGAGCAGGUAUCGAUAUGGACCAUCGGUUCAGAUAAUGGUGCAGAACGUACAUGAUAUAGUUUAGUAGGUAGCUGAGUUUACACAAUUUAUGAAUUGUUUGCAGACACACAAGUUAUUUACCAAGGAGAUGAGCCUGAGCUGUAAUGGGUAAAUAUGAUUUAUGGUUUAAUGACUGACCUGGAAAAAUCAGCUUUAAUCUAAUCCACUGGGUGCAAGUUGAUUAAAGAGCAAAUAAGAGAGACUAUUAAAGGUAACCUGUGUAAAAAAUAAAAUAAAAAUUAUUGUGUUAUCCAAAAUGAGAAGCCUUUGUAUUUCCUACACUCUGCAAGGCCACAUAUAUUGGAUUACCUUCUGUGUUUCACAUUGCAAACAUUGAGGCUCGAGUAAAUCCGUGGCAGUGGCAUUCUUGGUUGAAUAUUAUCUCUGCAUGUAUGCAUGCCCUCUGCUCCAGCUCAACCGCUGACUUACCAACAGAAACAUCCAGGCGAUGGAUUAAAAAAUGGGUCACACCAUGCCCAGUGCACUAUGAAUAGAAACAAGCUCUGAUGGGCUCCUGCACUUGAACUACUUCCUCCCAUACGGUUAAUUUUGUCGAAGCAGGAUGACUCUUUUGUUUUAAUAAACGAGGCUUGUUACUAAAAGACGACACUCAUCACAUCUUUUAGCCAGCUGGUGUCCAAUCAGAGGAGCCUGAGAGGACUAACACUGAGAAACUCUGUUUUAAUUAAAUGCUUUCUUGUAAAUGUGUUUAUUCUGUGGUGCAAACAGUAAAUGAGUCUCAUGGAUUGACUGCAGCGCGCUCCAUCUGCUCCCCUCCCAGGUACUCCCUUCCCUAAGUGCUUCAUGCAGGUGGCUAAGAAGAUUUUGUCACGCCUGUUCCGGGUGUUUGUCCACGUCUACAUCCACCACUUUGACCGUGUCACCCAGAUGGGCGCCGAGGCUCAUGUCAACACCUGCUACAAGCAUUUCUAUUACUUCGUCACUGAGUUCAACCUGACGGACCACAAAGAACUGGAACCCCUGAAAGAGAUGACUGCUCGAAUGUGCCACUGAGAGACCUGUGGACACGCCGGACACCUCCAUCCGUCCAUCUCCAUCCGUCCCUCCAAGACUGAAUCAGAGAGUGAAAUGGGAGCAAAGAUAUCCAGAGUCUAUUUUUAUAUUUAAGUACUGUAAUCUAUUUUAUCCAGAUUCUUCAGGUUUUAAACAAGAAAAUUCCCCUGUGAGGCAAACUGUUCCUUAAAACAAAAACAACUUUUGCAGACAUGUUAUCAGAUCACAGUAUUAAGAGGUGUAUGUUUGUGUUAAUGUUUAUCUAUUUUGUUUCAACUGCAAUCAUUCCACGAUGCUAUCUUCCUCUCGGUUUAAAAUGAUCUAAAAUUAGAUUUUUAUUUCUUGCUGUAAGUCUUAAAAAUCACUAUAUUGUUACAUUAAAGUGAUCUCUAAUCUGUUUUAA